CCCCGUCGUUGGCGUUGCCGCAGCGGCAGUGCGUUCUGGCGCGUUCCUGGCAAGUUCAUUGUUUAAUUGAUUUCCAUCUGAAAGCAUUGGCCAACUUUAUCCCUUUAUCCAUACAUCAUCCAUCACGGUUCUCAGUUGUUAUCGAGUUCCGGUCGUCGACCCAAGUUGAUUCAACGAAAUCACACUCGCUUAUCCUCGAACAAAUUUCCACCAUCUCCUUGAUACAUUCGCGCAAAGCCUGCUCCAACCCAGAACCCAUUCGUAAUCCGCCACUAUGUCCAAGAACUCCUCCGCCUACGGCCAAGCCGCCGGCGACACCGACUUCCGCAAGAAGUACGAUCUCGACGAAUAUGCCGCUAAAGCCCGCGACCGCGAGGAGGCUGAAAAAGAGGAGCGCAAGGCGCGAUGGGAGGCCAAGAUGGCCGGCAAAAAAUACUACAAGCCUCUCGAGGGGCACGAAACCUUAACCACCGCUCGCUCGGGACACCAAGACUUCAGCAAGCUGGUCGGCACGACGAUGCUGGUGCCCGCGGGGGCAGGAGUGGGCAAGCGCGGUCGCGGCGCGGGCAUCUACUGCGAGGCCUGCGACCUGACCUUCAAGGACAACCUGCAGUGGAUCGAGCACACGAAUAGCAUGCAGCAUCAGCGGAACACGGGACACACGGGCGAAGUGCGAAAAGCGACGGCUGAGGAGGUGCAUCAGAGAAUCGAGCUGCUGUGGGAGAAGCUACAGGAAAGGAAGAGGGAGCAGGUCGUUAGUCUCCAGGAGCGGCUGGAGGUGAGGAGGGUGGAAGAUGAGAAGGAGAGGGAGGAGAAGAGGAGGAAGAGGAAAGAGGUGGAGGAGCGGAAGAGGCUGGAGAAAGAGGAGGCGCUCAAGGCGAAGACCAAUUACGGAGAGGACGUGAGAAUUGAGGGCGAACACGAUGAAGAUGAUAUGAUGGCGGCUAUGGGGUUCACGGGAUUCGGAGUUCCGAAGAAGUAGGCUGGUCUCAGCGUGGGCAUAGUAGCGUGUCUACAGCGUUAUGCUGCGAGGUUGUUCUACCAGUUGUCAUAUGUCGGAGGGGGCAUAUGAGGCUUCUUUACUGGCUGCCUUUCCGUGGUUCGUUGGUGUAAAUGGAAACAUCCCUGAGGUGGGAUGAUCUCACCUGGCACUUUGCGAAGGUCUUGCGGAAGAUAUCGGUUCGAUUCCGAUACGGGUCACACUUUUUUUUUGUCCCAUUUCUUUCUGAGACGUCUAUUGGGGAUCGCACAAGAUAUCAAACACAGCAUGGGACGGCGUUCUGGGGUUGGGUGUUUUCUGUUUGUUUGAUGGUUUAGUCAAUAGCUAAGACGGUGUUUCUAGCUUGAGAUAACUUGGGGCAUACCAGCAUAGAUUAUACCGUAGAUGAACUAUGCUCUGCCGUUUGACAUAUCAAAAUUUUAGUCUCUUGAGGCACCUAGAGCACCAUACUAUUCAC